UGAGCCUGGGGGGAUUAUUGCGCUGACCUAAAGGAGUUCCCAGCAUUCGCCGCUUUCCUGUCUCAUUGCGUCAAAGGGUUUAGAGCCCGGCCUGUACAAUGCCACACAAGCUUGGAUUUGUUGUAGUAAGUUCAUCUGGGCAUGAAGAUGGAUUUAGUGCCAAAGAGUUGAUGGUCCAUGCUCCCACUGUCAGUGGCUGGAGAUCCCCAAGAUUUUGCCAGUAUCCUCAAGAAAUCAUUAUUCAGAUGGUAGAAAGAUGCCGUAUUCGAAAGUUGCAGCUCCUGGCUCACCAGUACAUGAUUUCUUCCAAAAUUGAAUUUUACAUUUCUGAAAGCUUGCCAGAUUACUUUGUUCCCUAUCAGUCGGAAAGGUUCCGGAGAUUGGGUUAUGUAUCAUUAUCUGAUAAUGAGAAAACAGGCUACAAAGCAAGAGAAUUAAAGUCUGUGUAUGUUGAAGCAGUUGGGCAGUACCUUAAGCUGAUUUUUCACAAGAAUUAUUCAAACAGAUACAAUCUGUAUAACCAGGUUGCUCUAAUAGCUAUUAAUAUAAUUGGUGAUCCGGUAGACUUUAAUGAAGAAAGUAAUAUGCCAUCGAGGGAAAAGCUAAUUGACCAGUACCUAGGAAACGGCUCUGAUGAUUCUGCUCUUGAUGCAUCGUACACAGGGAAACUGGAUGCAAUUUCUCCUCUUGAUGAUUUGGCUUUUGACAUGUACCAAGAUCCAGAAGUGGCUCAAAUAAUUCGCAAACUGGAUGAAAAAAAACAAGAGGCCGUCCGACACGAACGCUAUGACUAUGCCAAGAAACUAAAACAAGCCAUUGCUGAUCUCCAAAAGGUUGGAGAACGACUCGGACGAUAUGAGGUGGAAAAACGCUGCGCUGUGGAAAAGGAAGAUUAUGACUUAGCAAAGCAGAAAAAGCAGCAGAUGGAGGAAUACCGCCAAAAAGUUUAUCAACAGUUAGAGCUUCACGACCUUCUGGAUAUAGCCCUAAUACGAAGAGGCUCUGAGACAUCUCUGGAUCCAAUUGAAUCAGUCAGCCCACAGCAGCAUAGAGCAUUGUCACCACCACAGCCAGAGAAGGAGAGAAGUACAGAAAAGAAGCCAAAGAAAGAACAGCCAGCCGUGACGGAAAAGCCGCCAAAAGUUCUCUCUCCCAAACCAAUCUUAGAGUCACGUCGUUCUCCUUCACCUCCUCCUGCUGCCUCUCCAGCUCUGGUGGCUCCAAAUAUAAAUGUUGAUGCCUUGCCUUAUGAUGAAAGACCUCUUCCAGCUCAGAGAAAAAACAAAGAAGAUUCAUUUAGUUAUCUUGAGCCAGAGGUAAAUGAGGAGCCAGUUCUUGAUACUCCAAGAACGAGAAUCACCGGUGAACCAGAGCCACUUACAGAGAAAGCUUUAAGAGAGGCUGGCUUUGCUAUUGAAGUAUUUGGGGAAGCUUUGGUUGCAGGAGCAUACUCCAAAACAUGGUCCUAUAGAGAAGAUGCUUUAAUUGCAGUGUCAAAGAAACUGGCAGAUAUUGCAAGUGGAAUGUCAAAGGAUGACCUGAAAAAUCUGCUCAGAGCUGCUAUGUUUCUUGUUCGUCGUGCCAUCAAAGACAAAGUUACUUCAGUUUUCCAGGCUUCCUUAAGACUACUUAAAAUGAUAAUCACAGAUUAUAUUCCUAAACACAAACUCGGCAAAGGGGAGACCACCCACUGUGUAGAAAAAUGCCUCCCAGACUUGCUGGUGAGAACCGGAGACUCCACUGCACGGCACAGGUUGAUUUCGUCCAAUUUUAUUCAGGAGAUGGCGCUUUUUAAAGAGGUUAAGCCACUGCAAAUUAUUCCAACUCAUUUAGUUCAGCCACUUAAGCCAACAAUGCCUUCUCGUCUGGCCCAGAGCCAAGUGGACCUUCUGGAGAACCUGCUGAAGGAGUUAGGUGUAGAAAGUUCUGGAUUUACGGUUGACAAUGUAAUGAAGUUUGCAGUGGGCGCUUUGGAAUACACCAUUUCAGAGGUCCGUGAUAAAGCCGUACAGAUUAUACUUUAUCUCUACAAGCAACACCCAAGCCAAGUGCUAGAGUAUAUGCCUACAGAGGAUUCCUCUGCCAGAAAAAACAUCUUAUACAAGACUCUGUUUGAGGGAUUUGCCAAAAUAGACGGCAGACCAACUGACAGCGAGCUUAAGGCACAGAAAAAGAAAAUGGCAGAAGAAGCGGAAAGGCAGAAGAAGGAAGAGAUCAAAGCUCUUCAAGAACAAUUGGCAGCCUUAAAAGAGAUCCAAACUGAGGUUCAAACUGGCAAGGCAAAAGAUGUCCAUGUGAACAAAUCAAAAACAGAUGAACGAAGCAGGAAAGUAGCUGGGUCUCCUAAUGCAGACACAUCUGAUGCAGUUGCUAAUUACUUGGACAACCUGUGCAUCUUCUGUGGGGAACGAGAUGAAUCCUUUACAGAUGAGGGUUUGGAUCUUCAUUACUGGAAGAACUGCCCAAUGUUAAAGCGAUGUGAGCACUGCAAGCAGGUUGUAGAGAUUGCCAGUCUGACAGAUCAUCUGUUGACUGAAUGUGAUCAGAAAGAUUCUUUUGGCAAAUGCCAACGAUGUUCUGAAGCAAUUCCGAAAGAUGUGCUACUGGAGCAUGUAAAAGCGAAGAGCUGUAAUGCUGCAAAAGGAGAAAAGGUGGCAAAUCAUUGUCCAUUAUGCCAUGAAAACUUUAGCCCAGGAGAAGAGGCCUGGAAAUCACACCUCAUGGGGAAAGAGGGUUGCAGAAUGAAUCCACGUAGGACACAAGCCCUUCAAAGAAUACAACUGGCAUUGCAAGCAGCCAAGGCUCCAGGUUCAACAGUAACUAAAGCAGGCACCGGUGGACCAAGACUGCGGGCACCUUUAGCUGGAAGUAGAAUCCCAGCCCCAAGAGCAGGCCUGAAUAAAACUACAAGCAAAGCACAACCAAAACGAUGAGCAAACAAUGGAUUGUUCCCUUAAAGCCAUGUACAGAUGGUGUUACCCCAACAAUAACUUAAUUACCUCACAUAAUUUAGUUGAACAGCAGUCAUACUUAUAAUAAGUGUGUUUCCAAAUGUAGCAGCUUCAUCAGCAAUAUUUUAUUCAAGGUCUUCUAUUUCAUGUUGAUUCCUUCAUUAUUUUUCUACUAUUAUGUUUAAUCACGUUUAAAAGAAAAAAUCUGUAUUUAUCCUUAAUACCAGGUCUGCCUGUACAACCCAAGGCCAGUAAGGAUUCCCAGGAGGCUUAGGUACUGACUACACUUGCAAGGUAUCUGGCAGUGAUUGGUCUUUUGCGAGAGGCCACUGUGUAGUCACCCCAGGUCUUUUGCCAAUGGGCCCUGCACAGUAAUUCAUUACUUUAUGCUCUCACAAUACACACAGAUAUUGGUUACCACUGCUUCUUCAGGAAGGAUAGCAAUCUGAAAGCUGAGUCUUUCUUCUCUAAAUAGGUGUUUGAUCUUGUGGUUGUGAUCUAAUAGUUACCAAGGUGGGGCACCUAGACAGAUGCUCUUGGCAUUUGAAGACAAACCUAAAGGCAAGUCACAUUAUCUUAAAGCCGACUCUGGCUUCACAUUAUGCACAUUCUCUAUUUGAUUAAAGGGACAAUCUCUUGUACUGUAUUAGAGCAGCACACACUUUCUGACCUUCAUUGCAUCUUUAUCAUCGAUUUCAUUCCAAUCCACAAACUGCAACAGAACUGCACCUAAAUGUGGUGCCAUUGGGUUACAAAUACAAUUUAGACCUUAUUUUAUACACAAAGUGCUUUGGUGCUUUAUAAUUAGACCUUUACACACAACACACUGUUACACAUUGAGGUUCUGUUAGAAUUUCAAAGUUAAAAGAAACAGUGACACAUUUUCUAUGAUUUGCCCUAAUGGAAUGAUUGGCACAAAGCAUCCUAAAAAGGUAAAGAUGGAGGAGACCUUACUAAAACAUUUACCCCCAUGUGUAAUAAGAGGUUUGUCCAGGAGCAGUAACUCAAAACAACCAAUAACAUGUUUGUUUUUAAGUAGGUGAACAGUAAAUGCUACCUGCUGAUUGAUUGCUAUGGAUUAACAGUGAUAACCCUGUUCUACAUAAACAUAAUAUGUGUUUUAUGUGCACCAGGUGAUUCACAAAGAUGUGAUCCAUCUGUAUAUGUAGGUGCUUUACUUUGCAAAUAGUUCAGAAUGCUCUGUGCUGUAAAGUAUAUUAUCAAUAUAGAUGAUAAAACCCCCUUAAAGGCACAGUUCUACCAGACAGAAUGUAGAAACUAUCAGGGCAGAUAUAUGAAUAGUUCAAGUCACAAGUCCUGCAGAAUUCCAGACAUUCAGAACUGAACAACUGACUGAUCAAUAGGGUUUCAGUUGAUUCAGUAAAUAUCUGUCUAUAAUGAUAUUGUCUGAGCCUUAAGGAUUUAUCAUACCAGACCAGCCAAAAUACUGAGUCAAAUCCAAUAGAACACUGUUGGCAGUGAUCUUUUAUUUAUUUUUAAUUUAUUAAAGUAUUUUUCCUGUCAGUUUAAUAAAUAUAGAUGUUGAGCAGUAUUUAGCAAAUUUACAUUGUUUGUGCUGAUUGAUCAUGAUUAAAUCAUUACAUUUGAUCUAAUGCGAUAAGAUCCAUUCUUUGGGAAUACAAAUAGCAAAGCUGCUAUGAACCAACAUAACCAUUAGUUGGUAAAUAGGCCCCUGUGAUUUCUUAUUGGCGUGUCAAAAUGGCUGCCUGGUAACAUGCACCUACUUACCAGCCUCUAUAAGCACUAUUAUUAUGUAUUAAUCCCAUUUUAUCCACACCCCUUGUGCAUUACACAAGCUUUAAAAAGUGGCUUUAGUUUUGUAUUUAGGUUGUUUCUUUUAAAAUCCAGCAUGGCCCUAUCUUAAUCUUCUUUGUGCAAUGAAAGAAAUGAAAUCCGAUGAAAUCUAUCCUAGUGAGUGUCCUGAGAAUCUUAUAGAGACCUUAGAUUGUAAGCGCCAAAAGCUUCUCAUAUAUAUAUAUAUAUAUUUGCUAAUUUAAAAAUUCUUCCUAUUUAUAAUUUUUUUCAUAUUGAGCAUAGUAAAAGCCUGAAAAAGACUGUGAUUGUGGAGAAUUGAGCAGCUUGAGACUCCCUGCCAUUUCAUGAGAAUUCUCAUGCUGGUGUGCCCACUGGUUUGUGUGAAAAUUCAGUCUGUCUGAGAAUUUUUGACAAGGUGAAAAUCAGCCCCUAAAUAAGCAAAUAAUAAUCAUUGUUACAAUAUAGGUAGCUAUACCCAUGAGGUUCCCACGGUAUCCUUUUUCUGAAUAGAGCCUUUAAAAGCACCCAUAACUGUAAAAUUGUUUCCCUCGGCAGAGGUUCAGGCUUAUAGAUUUCACACUCCGGUGAAAGAAACGGUACUAUGUAAGGCAGAAAAUUCUCCUAGCGAGGAUGAGUGUCCCAGCUUAUUAUGCACAGGCAUGUGAGUAGGGUUAGGGAAGGAAACUCCCAAUCUUAUGUGUAUCUCAUGUAACCAAACAUGGCUACCUACAGAGGAGCUCCCUCCUGGUUCAGGCAACACUUUCUGUCCCAAAUAAUAAUGAUUCCCCCAACCAGUAUGUGAGCUCUCUCCCAGUGGAGAAAAAAUUUUGAUAUUUAAUUUUUUACCCCUCCCAAAGAGCAACUUUUUGGGUUAUGGAGAAUGGGGUGCCUGUUAUUAUUAAUUUUCACUCUGUUUAUUAUAUAGAGCCAGUCCCCAUGUAGUAAGGAUCCUCUCUACACACGUACCUGUAAUAUUUAUUGUGUACAUUCAUUUUAUCAACACAGCCUGCUCUUAUGUUCUUUUCAUUCAGUUUUACAAGUAGUGAGAAGUUAUUGGACUCAACAAGGUAUUACAGGCAAUAUGACUGAUUUGGGUGUUUAUAUUUAUUGCUGGAUCUAUUGUCUAACAAGCCAAGCCAUUUAAGCUUUGUGUUCUGCAUCUGCACUGCUUUCCUAAAGCUUAAUGGUAAUUGAUACAAGAAAUUAUUGCAUGUCUGACUUGCCUUUUUACAUUUGUGUGUUCACAUACAGAGUAUAAAUCCAUAAUAAACAUUUAUUUUUAAGACUA